CAUGUAUUAGGAAUGUGAUAAUAUGGUGUGAUAAUUAUUUUUCCUCUUAAAUGACAGUUAAGUGUUAAGUCAACGACAAAUUAAUAGGAAAACAGGAAAAUGCCGCGUGUUCUUGCUAUAAUUUAUCUGUUUUCAAUUGGUCAAUGUUUAACUGAAGCUUACCGGUGUUUCGAAUGUUCUAAUAUACCCCAUCUCAGGGAUUGCAGCAUAGUAACACAGUGUAACACGCAUGAAAUAUGUUAUGUUCAAGAGAUUGUAACUACAAGUGGACAUAUUCUAUUCAACUCCGGUUGUAGGACCAAAGAGAACUGUAAAAAACUUACAGGAAGAAGUAUUGGUGCUUCCUACAAUGGUAACAGCAACAUUACUGUAAAGGACACUGCUACUCGAACUAUGGUGAGACGAAAUGAUAUCUCUGUUUGUGAACAGUGUUGUGACUCGGAAUUCUGCAACAACCACGGCUGCAAUGAAAUAGCUACUCCAGUCAAUCAGCGCGGUCCAUAUUGUUUCUCCUGUAAACGACAACGUGAAUUAGAUACAUGUCGUCAUGUAACACAGUGUAGUCCAACGCAGGUUUGUUUGGUCAAAAAGUUACUUGACAGUGGUACUGUAGUGUAUGACAGUCAUUGUAUUGAACAAGUACAAUGCGACGUUAUCAAACAAACUUAUCAGCACAUUUUUGGAAAGAGGUCACAGAACGCAAACUACACAUUGCCUCACGUGACAUCGAAAACAAAUCAAGAUCACGAAGAUUCGGUCACGCGACUUGAACGUGCAAAUGUUCUUGUUUCUUUAUGCAUUCUGUGCUGUGACACUGAUUUUUGUAAUGACAGCUGUAUCACAAAUGCUAGAAGAAUAUGAAGAAUAUCAAUAUGAAAAUCACUUGAAAUAAAAAUACCAAUAUUA